UAGAAGUGUCAAUUGAGUACAUCAGAAUGAAAAUCAUUUUAUUUGGAAUUUUGGUCACAAUCCUCUCAGUGCCAGAAAUUAUAGCACAUCUAAGCGGUCUUAAUCUGGAAAAUGGACAAAUAACUACCCGGUAUUCGCCAAACCUAGAUACUGUUGAGCCACAUCCAUCUGCCGCAGGAAGAGUGCAAGAACAGUUUGGUAAGGUAGAAGAAAAGCUUAUAAGCCUUGAUCAAAAGUUAGAAGAAAAAUUUGCAAACCUUGACCAAAAGAUGGUUAAAAAGCUUGAUGAAAUGUUGGCAAAACUUGAUCAAAAAUUGGAAGAAAAGGGUGCAGAUCUACGCAACGCAAUGUCAACCAGAAAACCCGUAGAAAUCCCGAAAUUUCAAAAAAUUGGAGUAAAAUCCUACUAUAUUGAUAACACAGAAAAUGUCAAUUGGUUUGUCGCAGUUCACAAAUGUCGUGAAAUUGGUGCAAAUCUUGCAAGUCUGCAAAGUAUGGAAGAGUUGAAGGCAGUCAGCGAGAAUUUAAUCGAUAAACACUACUGGCUGGACGUCAAUGAUCUCGGCAUUAAGGGUGUGUACAAAUUGCUAAAAUCUGGUCAGAAAGCUGCCUUUUUACACUGGCAUCACUGGCAACCCGAUAACUACGAGAAUAACGAACAUUGCGUUGAGUUGCUAAACAGGGAUUCAAACUAUGCCAUGAAUGAUCGGGAUUGUCAAUUCAAAUGUCACUUUAUUUGUGAGAAGGAUGAACAAAAUUAAUUUUAUAAUACUAUCACGUCCGUUCCGACUUUCACUAUCGCAAUUUACUUUUAGUUGCUGAAUUUAAAUCCAAUAAAGUGUAAAACAAUCAUUUUUAAAUUCUUACUGAAACGUAAAAAGACACAAUUUAUUAAAUGCUGUUAAAUAAAAAGUUAA